AUAGCAAUGGCGGCUUCUGUCUUUGUAAACAAAAAACGCAUAAUUUACAAAAGAUAAUAGCUAUUUCGUAAUGGUUUGAAUCAUCUCAAGUGGGUGGCACAGUUUUCGUACUUACAUGAAUGGUAUUUUCCCAGUAACUCGGGUUGUUAAUGUUAUUGAAGAUAAUUUUUUUAGUUACAAUAAAUACAUGUGGCAGGUUUAGCUAGUUCGCUAAAAAAAUACUAGCUAGCUAGUGUCAGCGUCUUGAUAGACUCACCACCUAUUGUUAAAGACAGUUGUUUGAGAGAGACCAUGGAGGAUGAUGCGUCACUGCACCGACUGGAGGGCAGUGACCCCACUGCGCAGGUCGGCGGGCUGAUUGUGAAGAACAAGAGUGCAGCAGUAGAGCCUCAUGUCUUUCGUGCACCCACUCCACGCACCUCUCUCCUGGGCCUGGAUCUGCUGGCAGCUCAAAAGAGAAAGGAGCGUGAGGGCAAGGAGCAGGCUGAAGCUGACAGUGAUGACAGGAAUAACAAGAAAUCCAAGGUGUCCUGCUACAUGGACUGGGAGGAAGGGAAAGGUGAUUCUGGGUCUGAUGAAGAAGACAAAGACGAGGAGGACCAAGGUGGUAAAAAAGAGAGCAGCAGGAAGUACCGUGUGACUGGCUCAGAGACACCCUCUAACCCUGGAGGGGUCAGCGAAGAGUUCCGUCGCAAACACCAGCAGAGGGAGAAAGAACGGCGUGAGCAUGGAAUGUACGCCUCCUCCAAAGAGGACAAGAACAGAGAGAGGGAGAAGGACAGAGAGAGGAUCAGAGAUAUGGACAGAGAUCGACGGGGUGAAAGAGAUGAGCGGGAGCGCAGUCACAUCCGCGGCGGCAGCAGCAGCAGCCGGUCAGAGCGUGGAGAUCGCAGUGAGAGGAGUGAGCGCUCACAGAGAGAAGGCUGGUCCUCCGAACGCAUCAGCCGGGGGAGUAAGAGAGAGGAGCCUCCAACGCCCCAGACACGCCCCAAAGAUGGCACUCCCUCGCGCACCAGCUGGGAUGAGGAUGACAGCGGCUAUGCCAGCUCACGCCGUUCCCACUGGGAAUCUCCCUCUCCUGCCCCUUCACACAAGGAUUCUGACAAGUCUGAACGGCCGGAGCGCAGCCCCCGCUCUGGACGGGAGAGCGAGAGGAAGGACAAGUCAGUCAGAGGCCGGUAUCCUGAUGACACACCCCUUCCCACCCCAUCAUACAAGUACAACGAAUGGGCCAAUGACAGGAAGCACUUGGGCUCCACUCCUCGUCUGUCCCGUGGGAAAGGUAAGAAUGAAGGAGAGGAUGGCAUCGCCUUUGAUAAUGAUGAUGAGAAGCAGCAGUGGGAGGAGGACCAGAAGCAAGCGGACAGAGACUGGUACAUGAUGGACGAAGGCUAUGACGAGUUCCACAACCCACUGACCUCCACCUCUGAGGAUUAUGUGAAGAAGAGAGAGCAGAUCCUGCAGAAGCAGACACAGAAACGCAUCUCUGCCCAGAGACGACAGAUCAAUGAGGAUAAUGAGCGCUGGGAGACUAACCGUAUGCUGACCAGUGGAGUGGUCCAGAGGCUGGAGGUGGAUGAUGACUUUGAGGAGGACAACGCUGCCAAGGUCCACCUGCUGGUUCACAACCUGGUCCCUCCCUUCCUGGAUGGGAGGAUAGUCUUCACCAAGCAGCCGGAGCCUGUCAUCCCUGUGAAAGACGCCACCUCCGACAUGGCCAUCAUCUCCCGCAAGGGCAGCCAGCUGGUCCGCAAGCACCGUGAGCAGAAGGAACGCAAGAAGGCUCAACAGAAACACUGGGAGCUGGCAGGCACCAAGCUGGGUGACAUCAUGGGCAUCAAGAAGACAGAGGACGGGGAUAGCUCUGGGGGCAAGCCAGUGGGUGAGGAUGGCAAGGUGGACUACAGAACGGAUCAGAAGUUUGCAGACCACAUGAAAGAUAAGAGUGAGGCCAGCAGUGAGUUUGCUAAGAAGAAGACCCUGUUGGAGCAGAGGCAGUAUCUGCCCAUCUUCGCUGUGAGGCAGCAACUGCUCAACAUCAUCAGGGACAACAGCAUUGUGAUCGUGGUGGGGGAGACGGGCAGUGGGAAGACCACCCAGCUGACCCAGUACCUUCACGAGGACGGCUACACCAGCUACGGCAUGGUGGGCUGCACCCAGCCCCGCAGAGUGGCAGCCAUGAGCGUGGCCAAGAGAGUCAGCGAGGAGCUGGGCAGCAGCCUGGGAGAGGAGGUGGGUUAUGCGAUCCGUUUUGAGGACUGUACGUCGGAGAAGACUGUGAUAAAGUACAUGACAGAUGGGAUCCUGCUGAGAGAGUCUCUCAGGGAGUCAGAUCUGGACCACUACAGUGCUGUCAUCAUGGACGAGGCCCACGAACGCUCCCUCAACACAGACGUGCUGUUCGGCCUGCUACGAGAGGUUGUAUCGAGGCGUUCUGACCUCAAGCUGAUAGUCACCUCAGCCACCAUGGACUCUGACAAAUUUGCUGCAUUUUUCGGCAACGUUCCCAUAUUCCACAUUCCAGGAAGAACUUUCCCUGUAGAUAUCUUAUUCAGCAAGACUCCCCAGGAAGACUAUGUGGAGGCAGCAGUGAAGCAGGCCCUACAGAUCCACCUCAGUGGUAUGGGGGGAGACAUCCUCAUCUUCAUGCCUGGCCAGGAGGACAUCGAGGUGACGUCAGACCAGAUCGUGGAGCGUCUGGAGGACCUGGAGAGUGCCCCUCCUCUGACUGUACUGCCCAUCUACUCCCAGCUGCCCUCUGACCUCCAGGCCAAGAUCUUCCAGAAGGCUCCAGAUGGUGUGAGGAAGUGCAUCGUUGCCACCAACAUCGCAGAGACUUCCCUGACUGUGGAUGGUAUCAUGUUUGUUGUGGAUGCUGGAUACUGCAAACUCAAGGUGUUCAACCCUCGCAUUGGCAUGGAUGCCCUGCAGGUGUACCCCAUCAGCCAGGCUAACGCCAACCAGCGUGCGGGCAGAGCAGGACGUACAGGGCCAGGCCAGUGCUACAGGCUUUACACCCAGAGCGCCUUCAAGAAUGAGAUGUUGACCACCACCAUUCCAGAGAUCCAGCGGACCAACCUGGCCAACGUGGUGCUGCUGCUUAAGUCCCUGGGGGUCCAGGAUCUGCUGCUCUUCCACUUCAUGGACCCCCCGCCUGAGGACAACAUGCUCAACUCCAUGUACCAGCUCUGGAUCCUGGGGGCCCUGGACAACACAGGUGCCCUGACGCCCACUGGGAGGCUGAUGGUGGAGUUCCCUCUGGACCCGGCUCUGUCCAAGAUGCUGAUCGUAUCAUGUGACAUGGGCUGCAGUGCUGACAUCCUCAUCAUCGUUUCCAUGCUGUCUGUACCGGCCAUCUUCUACAGGCCUAAGGGUCGCGAGGAGGAGAGUGACCAGGUGAGGGAGAAGUUCUCGGUCCCAGAGAGUGACCAUCUGACCUACCUGAAUGUCUACCUACAGUGGAAGAACAACAACUACUCCAGCAUCUGGUGCAACGAACACUUCAUCCACACCAAGGCCAUGCGCAAGGUGCGUGAGGUGCGCUCCCAGCUCAAAGACAUCAUGGUGCAGCAGAGGAUGAACCUGGUGUCCUGUGGCUCAGACUGGGACAUCAUCAGGAAGUGUAUCUGUGCUGCCUACUUCCACCAGGCAGCCAAGCUGAAGGGAAUAGGGGAGUAUGUCAACGUGAGGACAGGCAUGCCCUGCCACCUCCACCCCACCAGCUCUCUGUUUGGCAUGGGCUACACCCCCGACUACAUCACCUACCACGAGCUGGUCAUGACCACCAAG